AUGUCUGGAAGAGGCAAAGGCGGUAAAGGCCUGGGAAAAGGCGGAGCGAAGCGGCACCGCAAAGUGCUCCGUGAUAACAUCCAGGGCAUCACGAAACCAGCCAUCCGGCGCCUGGCUCGCCGUGGCGGGGUCAAGCGCAUCUCGGGUUUGAUCUACGAGGAGACCCGCGGGGUGCUGAAGGUUUUCCUGGAGAAUGUGAUCAGGGAUGCGGUCACCUACACUGAGCACGCCAAGCGCAAGACGGUCACCGCCAUGGAUGUGGUGUACGCUCUGAAACGCCAGGGCCGGAACACUUCAACUGCAUUGCACAUCAGAGCAGGAAAAUCGAUAAUGGCCAGAACCAAGCAGACAGCGCGCAAAUCCACCGGAGGGAAAGCUCCCCGCAAGCAGCUGGCGACCAAAGCGGCCCGCAAGAGCGCUCCGGCCACGGGCGGAGUGAAGAAGCCUCAUCGCUACAGGCCCGGCACGGUGGCUCUGCGGGAGAUCCGCCGCUACCAGAAAUCCACCGAGCUGCUGAUCCGCAAACUGCCCUUCCAGCGCCUGGUGCGAGAGAUCGCUCAGGAUUUCAAGACCGACCUGCGCUUCCAGAGCUCGGCGGUGAUGGCCCUGCAGGAGGCCAGCGAGGCUUACCUGGUGGGGCUGUUUGAGGACACCAACCUGGCAAUUAUAAUCGUAAUGUCUGGAAGAGGCAAAGGAGGCAAAGGCCUGGGAAAAGGCGGAGCGAAACGGCACCGUAAAGUGCUCCGUGAUAACAUCCAGGGUAUCACGAAACCAGCCAUCCGGCGCCUGGCUCGCCGUGGCGGGGUCAAGCGCAUCUCGGGUUUGAUCUACGAGGAGACCCGCGGGGUGCUGAAGGUUUUCCUGGAGAAUGUGAUCAGGGAUGCAGUCACCUACACUGAGCACGCCAAGCGCAAGACGGUCACCGCCAUGGAUGUGGUGUACGCUCUGAAGCGCCAGGGCCGCACUCUCUAUGGAUUCGGCGGCUGAACAUAAAGCGACCCUUUUCCAGCGAACCU